AUGAUCGUCGUGCUCGUGGUGCUCGCGGUGAUCGAUGUCGCGGUGGGUGGGGUCUGCGACACGGCGCUGGACUGUCGGACGUGCUUGUCGACGGUGGAUGGGAUAUUGCCUUGUCAGUAAGUGGAGUGCUUGUCAUCAUUGCAAUAAGAUAUCAGUCUGUGGGGAAAAUAAUGAGUAUAAUUUCGCUCAUGUUUUUCCUGUCGAUAGUGUCGCUGAAGUGAAAAGCAAAUUGAUUUCCCACGACACAAUUCAUUUUCUCGGCGGUGAAUUUUCGAUGCAACAGGGGACACAGUAAAGCUAUCUGAUCGUCUUUGGUUAUGUACUGUCGAAAGGCCCGACAACCCAGUAACGAGACGAGACGAGAGCUCAAGAGUCAAGUGAUUUAUUCAGUGGAAAGGAGGCCUUUUAUAGGGAAGCCCCACGUAGGAAAGUACAAUCAAAUUUGAAUAAAUACAGAUCGUUCCUUCUGGGAAAAUCCUCGAAGCUUGGUCGUUCCGCCUUACAUGUACUUUUCAAAGUAAAUGGCCACACUCUUUUUGAAGAUUUACACAUUAUGAUGACUAUUCCAAAUCAUCGUAAUAUAAGGAUUCUAGGCCACAAUAUGCUGCUUUGUAGUCAGGAUUCUUCCUUUGUGGUGCAUUGGCUUUAUAAAAGCCUUUUACCACAUCUUCCUGUACACGACGUUUUGAGUGAACGAUUUGUUCUCUUCUUUUCGUCUCUUUUAGGAAUUUCGUUUUCGAUUUCCCGACAGACUGAUACGGUAAGAGGUUCUAUACACAGCCAAGCCUGUGUACAACCAAUGCCAAAUAAAGAAUUUAUUCACUUAAAAAGGCCUCCUUGUACAGGGAGACAUUUUGGCCUAACAUUCAUUCUUAGAACCUUUGAAAUUGCUCGCUAUAGAGAGGAGGUUUUGUAGCACUAGUCCUCCCUGAAAGUCGCAGAAGUGAUUUUUGGCGUCUGCAGAAAAAAAUCAGGAUGCUAACGGCAGCCGAAAAAAGCUAUGAGCACUGAGCAAAAAACAAGAAACUUGUUUUGCUCGGAGCAAAGCAAACUUUGGUUUUUUAACAGUGCCUGUCACCGCUUUCAGUCCGGCAAAAUUUCGAAUUGACUAGUAUGGAAGUAUCAAUUUUUCUAGACCUUGCGAUAUUCGUACCAUCAUUUUCUGUUGUAGAUGGUGCACAACGACAUUCCGCUGCUCCAACUCAUUGGAGAUUCUCUCCAGCUGCACCUCCGAAGGCCGGGUAACCUUGUGCUACGACUGUCCAUUGGCUCCGAAUGGGCAACAUGUUUACGUGGAUUCCUUCGCCAGACAAAAAGCGCUGCCUUUCAUUGCUGCUGCCAAUGCGAAAGACGAUUAUACUGUAAGGUGAUUUUUUGAAAGUCCAGUAAAAUGAUUACUGUCGACUUUUCAGGCCCAGACCUGCAUCAGCAACAACAUUCCAGGAACGAUGAUCUUGAAGCGAUACUCACUACCUUGUGAUCUCAUGAUGGUAAGCGAAUUUUUGUAAAUCCAUUUUGUGGAAAUGUAAUCCUGUCGGGAAAGCAAUGAGUCUGUCGCAUUGAAAAUCGCAUCGCCGCCGAGAAAAUAAAUUGUGUCGCCGCAAAAUCAAAUGGAUUUUAACUUCAGCGACACGAUCGGCGUAGCCACAUUGUGCUCAUUGUUUUCCCGACAGACUGAUGUUCUAUUUAUUUACUUGCGUCCUGAAAUUUAAGAAUGAAUGCCUCGCAAUUAUUGGAUUCUCACCCACCGACAACGCCGUGAUUCUCACUUUCCGCAGUACCGACAGCACCUCUCAGGUAGAUUUGUAAAACAGUAUACAGUAGCGGCCUGAUCCAGUGGCAAAAAACAUACCAAUUUGCAGCCGGGAAGUAUCAAAAAUGUGGCAAAAUACCUCCCUUUCCCAGUGAAAAAACUCCGAUUUCAAAGGCACGCCCGCGCUUUUUGCGCAAGGAAAUGGCGCGCUCUUCAAAACGGAGCCUUUUUAUUUGGAAAGGGAGGCAUUUUGCCACAUUUUUGAUACUUCCCAGAUGCAAAAUGGUACGUUUUUUGCCGUUGGAUCUGGCCCCCACUGUACAUAAUCUAUUAACCACUAUAAACUUCCAUUUUCAGCUCCUGGUCGAAGCACUAAACUUUAUGUUCCAAACAACCAAAGAUUUCCAACCAGUGGGUGGGAAAGUGGUCGCUUAUUUCUACGACGCCUUUUUCGCCCUAUGGAAUGGCGGACUGGAGCGAGAGAUGUCGGCCGUCCUGCGGGAACGCCCCUCAUCCGAUGUCUGGGUCUUUGGCCAUUCGUUGGGAGGCGCGCUAGCAUCGCUAGCGGCCUCGUGGAUGUCGCGGCACGGCAUGGUCAACCCGGAAAAGCUGAGGUUCCUCAGCUUCGGACAGCCGAGAACUGGGAACCUGUUUUAUGCUCAAGCCUUUGAUUUAUUAGUAAGUUGGAGGUUGAAGUGGAGAUCGGGGUGGGCUUGGCACCAUGUAGCCAAAUGGUAAAUACGGGUCGUUUAGGAGACUGCCAGUUUGGGCGAUGAAGGAUUUGAUGACUGUUUUGGGCAAGAAACGAAAUAAUAUAUAUUAUAUCAUGCUGGCAGAAAGGCUUUCAAUUUUUGAUAACUCUUUUUUGGUCACAGCCUUUUAAAACUUGACAUAAAAAAAUGUAAUAGUGACUAUCAGUAACUACUAUACAAAUCUCAUCAUCUGACAAUGAAUGCGACAAGGUAUCUUCAGCAGAGAAGCCAGAGGAGUAAUAUAAGAUAUUUCUGCAAAAAAAUCAUUUCGGAAAUGGCCGAUCUCCCGGCCUUUUUAAAAAAAACGUUAUUUUCAAACAAUUUUUCCUCGUCACUAAACACUAGUUCAGGUGCCAUACAAGUACCGAGUAAUCCACCAAGGAGAUCUGGUCACAAAGCUCCCCAUCAAAGUUCCACUAACCGCCUUCACUUUUCAUCAUCAUCGAUACGAGGUGAGGCCUCAAAUCUCAAUCUUUCUACCUCCUCAAAUUUCAUCCAAAAAUUCUAUAUAAAUCUUCCAGGUUUACUACCCAAACGACAUGACCAGCACCGAGCCGUUUGUUGUUUGCCUGCGGGCCGAAGAUCCCUGCUGCAGUCAGGCCUGCAAUUUGGGCGACGCGACGGUCCAUCGCAACUACUUUAACGUCACACUCGCGGAUUGGCCAAGCAUAGGUUGCCAGCUGCCGCAGGAUCUCUACAAACUGUUCGCCAAGCCCUGGUGGGAGCCGGGCCAGAGGAGGCUCUAUGGAAAGUAG